AUGGAGACCGAUACCAUCUCUUGGAAGUAGUCUGAUGACUUAGAUGAUAUCAUUUAUCACUAGUUUAAGAUUCCUGCUGAUUUACAGAAGGCUGAAUUACAUGGAGUAUUCCAAAAAUAAUGAAUCAUUAGUUAGCUUAUAGAGUUUAUGAGAAGCCUCAAGAAUAAUCUGUAUAAUGCAAAUGUUGUAACUAUUAUAAAGAUCAUAUUAAAUUCAAUUUAUGUAGUGAUCUAAGUAAAUCAGAUGAUCACUCUGUAGCAAAUGAAUAUUUUCAAAUUGUGAAGUGGAUGAUUUUAUAACUUACAAUCUUUUGGUAAUACGAUGAUCCUAUAUUAACUAGUGUAACAUUUGUUCCUUUCGCAUUAUAUUUUAACCAGUAAGGGGAUGAAUGUGAAAAACAUCCAAAUUGUGAUUAAAAUUCGCUUAAAAUUUACUCCAUCUGGAAUUUGGUCGCCGUUAACUUUAGUCUUGAUAAUUUAAAGUAUGCAGGUGUAGUUCUUUCUACAUCAAUUAUUUACAUAAUUCUAAUGAAAUGUGGAUCUUGUGACAUAAUAGCUCCCAAAUUAGUAAAAUUAAUGAAUAUGAGUCUGGUGGUUAUUUAAGGAAUUUAUAUACCUGAUAAAAUUGAAGAUAAAGAAAUUCUUGAGUUUUUGGAUACUAAUUCUGAUAUAUGUUUGAGAGUUUAUAGAGUAAAUUUAAAAUUGUACGAAGAUUUGUUAUUUGAAUAAUUAAAAUUCCCUUAUUUGAGUGAUAAAGUCUCACGGUAAUUCUACAUUUUUAGUAAAGAAAGAAAAUAGUAUUAAGAGAAGUAUAUGGGGACAAUGAAGACCUUAAGUAGACCUUUAAAUAAUCAUAUCUAUUAUUUUCAACUAAUGACACAGACUUAGCGGAUGAAAUUCAGGAAGGUUUUAUGAAUCUUUGUGAGGAGAAUAGUUAAAAAUAUUAUCAUAAGUAUUAAAUCGGCAGUCCGUUUUUUCAAUUUAUUAUAUAGUCUCUUAUUGCACUUGGAUAUGGUAUGCUCUCAACUAUGACCUAAUUUGUAAUAUUAAAGUUAAGAUAUGAUUUCAUUAAUAAUAAUUAUAGUGGGGAAGAAGAUUAAAUGAUUAAGUAAUUGUUAAAUGUCGGCUCUACUCUAUUCUCGAUGAUUACUUUUUCUAUUUUUAAUAAAAUUGGUUCCAAAAUUUUGACUUAAUUGGCUUUAACUAUUUAUCAAAUUGUAAAUUUGUUUAAAUAUUUAGGGUAACUCAUACGAAAUGGCAAUAUUGUAAUCUCUUGAUUUAAGAAGUUGGAAUGUAUUUUAAACUUUCUCAUAGCAAUCAAAUUAUACUAUGCUAUAAAAUGAAGGAAUGAUGGAUUAUUUGAUAACAUUUAGUUUCUUAAAUCUUAUUGUUCCAGUAAUAACUUAAAUUUUUGAUUUUAAUCAUAUUUGGAAAAAAAUUAAACUGUUAAGGUUAAAAGGAAAAAAUACUAAUAAUAAAACUUAAAAAGAAGCAAACUUAUUAUUUUAAUUAAGAAAAAUUAAUUUUUAUUAAAGACAAAUCACUGUUCACAAGAUUUUUGCAAUAAGCAUGAUUUUUGGAUUCUCAUUUCCAUUAAUUAUUCCAUUUUCAAUCCUUUCAUUAUUGUUUAUAUAUUUGGUAGAUAAAUACAUAUUUAUAAAUUAUUCAAUACCAGCUAUAAGGGAUAGAUAUGGAGAAUUACUACAAGGAAUUUACUACAUUAACAAUAUAGUGAUAGUAUAAUAUUUUUUUUCGUUUGGUUUCAUCGUCUUUAAGACUUGGAUUUAUAUUACUCUAUCGAUUAUCCAUUGUUCUAUAAUAGGUUAUGUAUUUUUAUCAUCUAUGAUAAAUUAAGAUUGGAAUUUUGAAACAAUAUUUAGUGAGUUUAUUGAAAAAUAGUAUCAAAUUAGUGAUGGUGAAAAAUAUUAACUAUUUAUCAAUUUACAAAAAAGACUGAAGAAAUUCGCUAAAGUAACAAUUUAAUAAUAACAUCUAGAAACCAAAGAAGAGUUAAGUGGUUGCAACUACUAGCUUAUUGGAGUGA